AUGGAGAGAAAACCCUUCGAAGUUGAGACAUCAACGAAGACGGAGGAAGAUCACAAACCCUACUCCGGCGUCGAUGACGGUGGUUCCGAUGUGACAUCGACGGUCGAGGAGGAGCAGAAAAAACUCGUUUACAGAGGAUGGAAAGUCAUGCCCUUUAUCAUUGGUAAUGAGACAUUUGAGAAGAUUGGGAUCAUUGGGACAUUAUCGAACCUUCUUGUGUACUUGACUUCAGUAUUCAACCUUAAGAGCUACACAGKUGCAACAAUCAUCAAUGCCUUUAGUGGCACUAUCAAUUUCGGGACUUUCGUUGCUGCUUUUCUCUGCGACACUUACUUUGGUCGCUACAAGACUCUCUCUGUUGCUGUCGUCGCUUGUUUUCUGGGAUCGCUUGUGAUACUAUUGACAGCUGCAGUCCCGGCAUUGCACCCAAUUGCUUGCGGAACGAAGAGCUCGUGCCAAGGGCCGAGUGUGGGACAGAUUCUGUUUCUGCUGAUGGGUUUAGCAUUUCUCGUGGUAGGCGCCGGAGGAAUCAGACCGUGUAAUUUAGCGUUUGGGGCUGAUCAGUUUAACCCGAAAUCCGAGUCCGGAAAGAAAGGAAUCAACAGUUUCUUCAACUGGUAUUUCUUCACUUUCACGUUCGCGCAGAUCGUCUCGCUCACUCUAGUUGUGUAUAUCCAGUCAAAUGUGAGUUGGACAAUCGGUUUGAGUAUCCCGGUGAGUCUAAUGUUCUUGGCGUGUGUGAUUUUCUUCGCUGGCGAUAAAUUGUACGUAAAAGUGAAAGCCUCGGGUAGUCCAUUGGCUGGUAUUGCUCAUGUUAUAGCAGCUGCGAUCAAGAAGCGAGGACUGAAGCCGGUUAAGCAGCCUUCGCUCGAGCUUCACAACAACAUUCCGCGUAACUAUGUAAAUUCUACUCUAAAACACACUGGCCAGUUCAGAUUUCUUGACAAAGCAGCGAUUAUGACCCCCGAGGACAAGUUGAAAUCCGAUGGAACAGCUUCUGAUCCAUGGAAACUCUGUACAAUGCAGCAAGUGGAAGAAGUGAAAUGCAUUGUAAGAGUGAUUCCAAUCUGGUUUGCUGCUGCGAUCUACUACCUUUCCAUAACUAUGCAAAUGACUUAUCCGGUCUUCCAAGCACUUCAAAGCGAUCGGCGAUUGGGUUCUGGUAGCUUCAAGAUUCCCGCUGCCACCUAUGUAGUGUUCUUGAUGAGUGGUAUGACGAUUUUCAUUGUAAUCUACGACCGUGUCCUUGUCCCGUCACUCAGAAGAUUGACAGGUCUAGAAACCGGUAUAACACUCUUACAAAGAAUCGGAGCAGGGAUUGCCUUUGCGAUAUUGAGUUUACUGGUUUCGGGGUUUAUAGAGGAGCGGAGAAGAACCUUUGCGCUGACAAAACCGACACUCGGGAUAGCGCCUCGAACAGGAGAAAUCUCCUCAAUGUCAGCGCUAUGGCUGAUUCCGCAGCUCACGCUUGCAGGCAUAGCAGAAGCUUUUGCAGCCAUUGGACAAAUGGAGUUCUACUACAAGCAGUUUCCUGAAAACAUGAGGAGCUUUGCAGGUUCUAUCUUCUAUGUCGGUGCAGGGGUUUCGAGCUACCUCGCUAGCUUCUUGAUCUCGAUUAUUCAUCGAACAACUGAACAUUCGCCUUCCGGGAAUUGGUUAGCUGAGGAUCUGAACAAAGGGAAAUUGGAUUACUUCUAUUUCAUGCUCACAGGAAUCAUGGUCGUUAACAUGGGUUACUUCUUGUGGAUGGCUAAAUGGUAUAGAUACAAAGGCAGUAAUGAGGAAGAUAUCUCUGAGGAAGAAGAGACCAAGCCGCAACAAGAUAAGAUCUCUGUCUGA